UCUCACAACUCAUCUUAACUAUCUCAUCUUACUUACCACCCAUUCAACACAACCAUCUCCUCUGCCUUCUACGCGUGUCAAGAUGGAACAAGCUACACCGCGAUCAUUUCUAGAUCUCCCUGCCAUCAUUCGACGUCGAAUUUAUUGCGCAGCUGGCCUAGUCACCAACACCAACAUCUACGUGAGCUGUGAAGAACGUAAAGAAAUUCGUCGGCAUAUAGAGCUAAAGGACAUACCUGACCUUACAUUUUCUCUCAACCUACUUAUCACCUGUCGAGCUAUCUACAAAGAGGUAUCUCAUCUACUGUUCUCCACCAAUUGUUUCUGCACAAAAGAUCCGCAAUACUUAUGCCAACUUCCUGCUUCUUUUAUAUCGUCUCUAUCAUCUUUAAAGUUCUACCUGAACGCCAUCUACGAUCCAGGUUGUUGCGGUGAGCGCUCAAGAUAUCCCAGUAAUAUCAAUCCAAUAGUCAGCACCAUCCCCGCUCACCGUUCUCUACUUGAAAGAUGGGAAAUUACGGUACGAUUUAUCAGUUCGCAACUAAAACCUCAAAAUCUCAAGCUCGGCCUGAUCUGCGAUGUGGAUGAUGAAGAGACGGCAUGUCUUGUUGUUAAACCCCUUCGCUAUCUGCCUACCUUGUCCGGCUGCGAGAUUCGACUCAGCUGUAGGCCUGAUAGCCAGCUUGAAAACAUAGCCCGAAAGGCUGCCUUACACGCCCUAGGACAGCGGCCACUCAAGCAGCCACCAGAGAGCCUUCAUUUUCUACGGCUCCCACUGGAGAUUCAGCUAGAGAUAUUAGAGUAUACCGAUCUAGUUACGCCUUUAAGCCAUGUCCUACGGAUCUCGCCUCAUAAGUACUAUCUCAAAACCUAUUAUUGUGAAGCACCGCACGAGCCUCCGUUUCAUACAUGCCACCCUAAUGCCCACAGAGCAUGUAUUGGUGAUGGAGAUCAGUGCCGAAUAUUAUGCCCGCAUCGGAAGUGUAGCUACUGUACCCAUUAUGCCUGCCAGUUUCGGACUUGUGGGAGAAAAGUAGAGGGCGAAUAUGCUUGCAUUACGGGUUGCUUUUGCAGUGUACGACAUGCCUCUUACUCACCACAUUGCCGUUGUUGGCAGCCUCCGACACCAUUGUUCCUAGUCAGUAAGGAAUUUUAUGCAGCCGCACAGAGUGUAUUCUUCUCCAUGAAUCACCUCGCUAUAAAUUACGAUCGCUACACGUUAUCCGAACUUGGAAGAGAUACAACCAAAUUUUUUACCAGCUUCAUCUCCGGCCAUUUAUUACACAAUCUUCGCUCACUACAGAUCCAUCCAUACUAUCCCGAUUUUAGCCAAUGGAUGCAGACUGUCCGGUGCAUCAAGGAUAAGCUUAUUAAUUUACAAUAUCUGUUUCUCGUAGUCUAUACCAGCGUCUUACCGAGCUGGCCAGACUUCCCUGAUGACAACCCAUUCCCACGACCCACACUUGCAGAAGAAAGGGGCAUCGAUAUCGUGAGGGAGUCAGUCGACUUUGUAUGGCCAGUGAGACAUAUUGGUUCGCCAAGUAGUGCCAUCCGAUUGUUUUUCGUGGAGUUUUCCUUGGAAGGCGCGUCAGUGUACUACUAUAAGCGACAUGAGCAAGAACAUCUUCCUACUACUAUAAUCCGUAUGGACAUCACAAAUAUUCAUUCUGAGGACGUUUAUGUUGAACGCAAGGUUUGUAGCGAUCUCAUGUGCGAGGUAGACGACAGCUCGUUAGCGUUGAAGUCGACGAGCGGUGUGUGGGUAGAAGGUAUCUUAGCGCGCCCUAACCCAGACAUUUAUGAUGGAUUUACUUCCGAGUAAUAUACAUUGAGCGUUUCGUCGCAAAGGUGGUAUAGUUCUGCAACAUACCUGCGCAGGC